AUGCACGGAAGAAAUAGAAAAACUUCUUUAGAAAUCGCACCCCUGGUCUGCGCGAUUACUUCUUCCCUCGGCAGACCCCUCCAUACGUUGCAGUCUGUUGUCGAACUGCUGCAAGUGUUUCGGGACGCCAUCAAGUGUCAUCAGUCGCUCUACUACGAUGCCAGAAUUCUCCACCGCAAUAUUUCGCCUGGGAAUAUCGUCAUGGUAGAUCACCACCAUAAAGGACAGCCGAAGGGAAUUUUAAUCGACCUCGAUUCCGCCAUCAACCUUGACGAGCCAUAUGAAGCAGACUUUGAAAUUACUGUCACCAGGUCAUUCAUGGCAAUCGGGGUGCUGAGAAACGAACCCCAUACUUGCCGACAUGACCUGGAGUCUUUUCUCUAUGUCCUCCUAUGGACGGUAAUAACGAACCGCGCCGAGGCUCCGCCUGAGGGAAGCAGGCUUUGGCAAUGGAGCAAUGGCGACUGGGAGGAAUUGGCUGGACGCAAGUCCCUGGACAUGGCCGGCGAAAACAUUGGAGACAUUUUGGGCGAGUUCGGCAGCCAAUUCGAUUAA